AUGAAUAAGAAAAAUUUAAGAGGCCCACAAAAGAAUAAGAGCUUCAGUGAAUAUGCACAAAGGCACCAAUCUAGAAUUAAAACACAACUUAAGGAUAGAUGUUAUUCAACACUCCCUUUUAUGGGAGAGUAUGAUUUUAUAGCAACCAAGGUGGAGAUAUUUAAUGCUGAAACCCAAGAGUAUGACUCACUUCAUUGAUGAAAAUGAACUUCCAUCUACUGAAAGCAACCCUAAAACACUGAACAGUGAUGAAAUUGAUGAUAUUAAUCUAUGAAUUUACAUAAAGGAUAAGUAUAACAUUUCUGACUAAGCUUGGAAAGAGUUAGUUAUGAAGGCUACUGAUAUGCCAAAUGCAUACAAGAUAAAAAAGAAUAUUACAGAUUUAAAUGUCAAAUGGAAGUUGAAACCCACCCCAGGUAAAGCUGAAGGAGUUCAAAUUUCCCUGAAGGAUAGCCUGAAGGAAAAAUUCAAAGGCUUAAAAUUAAAGGAGAUCUGGGCGAACAAGAAACAGUCAGGGUUAAUAUGAGUGAAGAUGGCACCAACAUUGGAAAGAGACUCAAGAUAGUGAACUUCACUUAUACCAUCUUAAAUGAAAAGGAAAAUGCCAUGAGUGAAAAGGGGAACUAUGUGCUGGCAAUUAUCAAAACAAAAGAGACCUAUGACAAUCUGAAAGAAAGUCUUUCAGAUAUUAAAACUGAAAUGGCUCAGUUAAAUGAAAUUGAGGUUGACAAUGUUAAGUACAAGAUUGAGUACUUCAUAGGUGGUGACUGGAAAUUCCAGGCUUGCAUUUGUAGCUUAGGUGCUGCAAACCAAGAUUACGCUUGA